UUGGCGUUGCGGUAGUACUGUUAUAUUAUAGCAAUGUUGAGUAACAGUUAAAGUACCAUUGUGCGUUUUAACAUUUACCAAGACCAACAAAUGUUCUCGUAGUGUACUUGCUAAGCAAUUGCUAAUAGACAGCUGUCAUUAUCCACAAUACGUGCUCAUGUGUCUGACGCUAUUCUAAAUCAGGUUAUUUUUUGAUUCUUUUAACAACCCUGUGUAGUCCAGAGCUAGUUAGCAUGAAAGCUAGCUAAUAAGCUAUGGUUAGUUGACAGUCGUUUCUAGAUAGUCUAGCAACCUAUCGUUGGACAUCAACUAAUUACGACCUAAGGCAAAAGUCUGAAUAAUAUUAGAGUACAAAACAGCAUUUCCUGCAUCAUUAGGUACUUAAAUAACGCUUAUUAGCUAGGUAAAGUUACUUAGUCAAUCAGUCACACAGCAACACAGAUAAUUAUGUCCCUAACUAAAGCAUCGGUAUGUGCUUUGUUGAAAUAGAUUGUCAUGUAUGGCUGCAUACCAUAUUUUAAGAUUUGCUCGCCUAUUAAAGAAAGGACUGCCCGAUAAACAAGUCUGGACAAAACCAAAUAACACCUCAUUCGUGGUGUCAGCUCAAGUUGUAUUAAUGACUGCGCUGACCGACUUUGAACCUUUAGCAAAGAGACUCAGGGUUGAAAUCAAUGCCCCGACAUCCCCUUCAUCUUCUCUCAAAGUCCCAUCUAUACGUAUUCAGAGCAGAGACAAUGAGACAGUAGAUCAACAAAGGAGGCAAAACAACACCCAGACAAAGAUGGAUAUACAGCCAAAGACUAGAGCAGAUGGUUUGCGAGGUGUAAAGACGAAAAAUGACCAUAAAAAAAUCAGCCCCAGACAGCAAACGAAGUUCAGAGAUACUCUUGACCGAUGGUUGGUUAAGCCCUCUAAAAACCCAAGUACAGCUGAAGUGUGCCAAACCCAAGAGGAUGCAGAAAUGGCAGAUGACGGUGGCUUUCAAAGCACCUCAGCUCAGUUUCUGGACUGCCAAAAUGAUGAAAAACCUACUUUCUCUGACCCGGAUGAUGAAACCCAACCCUUGACACCACAAGACCUGGAUGAAGACAAUCCUGUGUCACCAGCUUCCAAGGAUUUUGCAGGAAGUGGGCUUAUGCAGACGCUGCCUCACAGUUAUGGUGGGUUAGAAAAACAAGAAAUGGAGACAUGCUCAGCAAGCUCAGAGGGCUCUGUUAAACACAAUAACAAAAUUACAGACUUCUUUUCAAGGACCUCAUCACCAGGUUUGCCUGUGAGACAGGGCAGGGCAGAUAAGUCUCUACAGAAACAAGAUGCAGACGAGGAAACUACCUCGGCUGUUGUCAAGCCUGAUGCCAAAUGGCUGGGGACGCCAAUCAAUGAGCUAAAGAGAAUGCCUGAAUGUGGCGGGACGCUUCCUCCGCUGAAGGAAGUUCCCGGCCAGCACACUGUGAUGAUAAGGACAGACCUUCUUCAGAAUGGUAUAGUCCCUGUUCCAUACCCUGCUAAGUUUAAGGAUACUUGGGAUGAUAUCCAUGUCAAGAUGCCCUGUUCCAGUAGUAACCUGUUUCCUGUAGAAGAUGAGGAAACGCGAGAAUGGCAGAAUAAGAGUCGUUGGGAGUUGAUCAAAGAAACUUUAAACAAGAAAUUUACAAAUCCAGAUAAGCUGAAGAAUGCAAUAUUGAAAUACAGUGCCUCACAAGCCAAGAAAUGGGACUUCACAGCAUUACGUUUGUACUGCACUAAGGUCCUGGAGCCUGAUGUGGCUGAACAUCUGUUUGACUCCCUGCUGCCAGACAUGGUACAAUUAGCACUGAGAGCAUCUGAGCUCUGUACCAAGCCGAUACCCCUCCUCAAGGGAGGCAUGAACCACUCCAUCACCAUGUCUCAGGAGCAGGUGGCAUGUCUGCUCGCCAACGCCUUCUUCUGCACCUUCCCCCGACGCAACUCCAGAAAGACAGAGUACUGCAACUACCCAGAUAUCAACUUCUUCAGGCUGUUUGAGGGGUCCUCUACAAAGAAGAUUGAGAAGCUGAAAACUCUGAUGUGCUAUUUCAAAAGUUUCACUGAGCAAAAGCCUACAGGACUUGUGACAUUCACACGAAAAAGCUUGAACAAACCUCUGAAUUGGAAAAGCUCACAGACACCGCUCACAAAGCUCCACAUUACUUGUGAAGGGACCAUUGAGGAUGAUGGUUAUGGAAUGCUUCAGGUGGAUUUUGCCAAUCGGUUUGUGGGAGGAGGAGUCACCAGUUCUGGUCUUGUUCAAGAGGAAAUCCGUUUUCUGAUCAACCCCGAGCUUAUUGUUUCUCGCCUCUUCACUGAAGCCCUGGAUCAUAAUGAAUGUCUGAUCAUCACAGGUACACAGCAGUACAGUAAAUACACAGGCUAUGCUCAGACCUACCAAUGGGAUGGCAGCCACCAGGACACAACUCCAAGAGAUGGCUGGCAGAGAAGAUGCACAGAGAUUGUGGCCAUUGACGCACUGCAGUUCAAGAACUUUCUUGAACAGUUUAGCCCAGAGAGGAUCAACCGAGAACUCAAUAAGGCCUACUGUGGCUUUGCUCGCCCUGAGGAUCAAAGCCAAAACCUUGCGGCAGUUGCUACAGGGAACUGGGGAUGUGGUGUUUUUGGGGGUGACACACGUCUGAAAGCUCUGCUCCAGAUGCUGGCAGCUGCUGAGGCAGGCCGAGAUGUGGCCUAUUUCACCUUUGGUGACAGCCAGCUCAUGACAGAUGUCCACAACAUGCACUCUUUCCUCACUCAGAGGAAGAUCACUGUCGGGGAUGUGUAUGAUCUCCUGGGGCAGUACUACAGCUCAGUGUGCAAGAGUUGCCUCGGUCGGCGCCCUGAAGUCAGCCUCUACUCCUUCAUCUACCAACAGGUCAGCUCCUCCCUGGCGCCAGCUGACUCCGACAGGGGCUCGGCCAGACAACGUGUCCCUGCAGACUGCCAUUAAGGUCAGGUGGCUGAUGAGUCACCAUGCAUUAUCAUCAGAUACUGAAUUAAAACAUUCUCAGUCUACCUUUAGCUUUAUUUUUUAUCUUAAUGCUUUUUGUUAGACAAACUUUUAAUAAACAAUGGUGGAUAUACCAAAUCUGGUCUCCACCACUGGCAGCCGAAAAUGAAUAUCUAGCAUGCAGAUCCUUUUUCAAAAACAACUGAACAGCAGAAGGUGAUUAGUUAUGACCCUGUCUGGCGCUGCAGUCCAAGCUGUGUUCAUUUUGCUGCUGCUGGUAAUACGCCAAUAGAUGAAGCUUCAAUACGACGCAAUCGUGAUUUUAAUGGUGAAGCAAAGGUUACCAUCCAUCUUCUGAAUUUGUCAUGCUGCCUUUUUUUACACCCACACAUAUCCAGCGUAAUUGAAUUGGCUGUCAGAAAUCAAGUUAAAAGAAAAGAAUAACAAGAACGGGGUUUGGAAGGCUUGGAGCGGUCUCAGGAAAGCGGUUUGAUUUAAAGAGCAGCCCGCCUCUUUGGGAAAUAAUCUCUUACCCUUCUAGAUACAAUCAUGGGUCCAUGAACACAUUUUUUGGGUUCUUUGCUGUAUGUGAUACACACUCCAAAUAAUCUAGUUGGACUUAAAAUAUUAAUUUGAUUAGUUUGUUCCUGUAUUUUUGAAAUGAUUUCAGUGUAAAUCUGUUAUUUGUAGGCCUUCUUAGUUAUUGUUGUAUAGCUACGCUUGAAUUAAAAGUGAGGUUUUUUUUCUGACAGGUUUUUUUGAAACAGCCUAAAUAAAAUCUGUUUCAAAUAAA